AUGAAGGGACACUUUUCCGUCGAAUGGCUCUCUCAGAGCAGCCAGGUUCCAUAUAAUUCCCAAGCCAUGAACCAGUCCAGCUCUUGGAUCUCUGCAGCAUUAGAUAGACCCAGCACAUCUGGGACUGUUCCAGAAAGCCUACCUGGUUUCUACAGCAGGAGAGCAGAUAACAUAGAGAAUCAGCGGAUCCAGUCUGAACCAGUAGGACCUACACAAAGCUUUAAUAAUACACCUAAGCAAGAGACUAGAAUGAACAAUGCAGUGACCCUUCACCAUGUACCAGAAUCAGGCUUUAGCAGCGGGACAGAGGAGGAGGAGACGUCUGGGUAUGAGAGUGAAGGUGGACGAUCUCUUUCACCUAUGGCCUCCAAAGAGCCAGCACCUUCAACCUCGCCUGGCACCGGGCGCCGAGCUCGUACUGCCUUUACAGCUGAACAGAUUGAGAGUUUAGAGAGAGCAUUCAAAAGAAACGCUUACCUGGGAGCCCAGGACAAAGCCGAGCUGUGCAAGAGGCUAAAUCUCUCAGAUAAACAGAUCAGAAACUGGUUUCAGAACAGACGCAUGAAGCUGAAGAGGACUGUACAGGAUGCUCUGGCACAUGCCUGCCAGGCCAAUGUGGCAUCACAGCUCAUGCAUUACCCAGAGCUGCAGUCUUACAGGCCAGCACCAUACCCAACUUACUACCCAGCACAAGAGAGUCAUGCACCCUACCUGUGUCCCCCCAACAGUCAUUACACCCCAUCAGUUGUCCCCACUUUGCCUGCCAACACUCUCUACCAGUACAGAUGCCCUCAGGGUCUGCCCAUGGCCCCCAGCAACCAGGCCCUAAUGCAGCCCUACCAGCCGUACCCUCACCAGUACUUUAGCUCACAGUGA